UGGUACUCAGGAGGAAACCCGCUGCCCGCUGACCUUCCUGUGCCCCUGCAGCUCCGCCAUCGACAAGCGGUCAGGGGAGAAGGUGGCCAUCAAGAAGCUGAGCAGGCCUUUCCAGUCUGAGAUCUUCGCUAAGCGGGCUUAUCGAGAGCUCCUGCUGCUGAAGCACAUGCAGCAUGAGAACGUCAUUGGGCUCCUGGAUGUCUUCACCCCAGCCUCCUCCCUGCGCAACUUCCAUGACUUCUACCUGGUGAUGCCCUUCAUGCAGACAGACCUGCAGAAGAUCAUGGGGAUGGAGUUCAGUGAGGAGAAGAUCCAGUAUCUGGUGUAUCAGAUGCUCAAAGGUCUUAAGUACAUCCACUCGGCUGGGGUUGUCCACAGGGACCUGAAGCCAGGCAACCUGGCCGUGAACGAGGACUGCGAGCUGAAGAUCCUGGAUUUUGGGCUGGCACGGCCUGCGGAUACUGAGAUGACUGGCUACGUGGUGACCCGUUGGUACCGGGCCCCUGAAGUGAUCCUCAGCUGGAUGCAUUAUAACCAGACUGUGGACAUUUGGUCUGUCGGCUGCAUCAUGGCUGAAAUGCUGACCGGGAAAACUCUGUUCAAGGGGAAAGACUACCUGGACCAGUUGACCCAGAUCCUGAAAGUGACUGGGGUGCCAGGCGCAGAGUUUGUGCAGAAGCUGAAUGACAAAGCGGCCAAAUCCUACAUCCAGGCCCUGCCACAGAGCCCCAAGAAGGACUUCACUCAGCUCUUUCCACGCGCCAGUCCUCAGGCCACAGACCUGCUGGAGAAGAUGCUGGAACUGGACGUGGACAAGCGUCUGACGGCCUCACAGGCCCUGGCCCACCCCUUCUUUGAACCUUUCCGGGACCCUGAGGAGGAGACUGAGGCCCAGCAGCCGUUUGACGAUGCCUUAGAGCACCAGAAGCUCACAGUGGACGAAUGGAAGCAGCACAUCUACAAGGAGAUCGUGAACUUCAGCCCCAUUGCCCGGAAGGACUCGCGGCGCCGGAGUGGCAUGAGGCUGCAGUGACUCUUCCAGCCAGGCCCCUGGCUGAGCCAGGGGACUACCACGUGGCGCCACCAGCCAGACACUGCCCCAGAACCAAUAUUUAGUUGUCACUACUAAAGUCUCAACCCUUCACAGAUUAUAUAUAGCCUCUCAAGCAGAAGAUAGAAAUGCCUUCCCCAGACCUAGGCAUGGGGCCAGAUAGAAUUUAGUGGUGUUGUUGGGGAGGAAAUAGCUCUGAUCAAAAUGAGUUGCAUUAAAAUGCCUGUCUGGGGAAUCA